AUGGUUUUCAGAAAUACAACAACUAAUAUAGAUAUACCACCAACGGUUGUUAAGGAUAAAGAAAAAGAAAAAGAAAGUUAUCUCGUGACUUGGAUGUAUAGCUAUGAAUUAAUAGAAAAUAGUGAAAUAAUUUUUAAGUUAGAACACAAAAGAGAACAAAUUGAUAAUAGUGAUAGUAAUAGAGGUAAUACUGGAAGUUUGAAAAAAAUCUGUAUCGAGAAGAAACUCCUGCUUAUAAAACCAAAUGGGUGUUCCUUCCCCGAGUGUGAAGCAAGUGUCGAGACUAUUACUGAACUCACCACAACUGAAACGGAUCUUAGGCGUGAUUCUCAAUUCAGCACUUCGUCAAUAGUUGGGAAGAUAGGAAAGCAACUUAAUAUCCAGUCUCAAGAAAUUAUUGAUGAAGAAAUGUCAGAUGUCAAUAAUGGGGAGGGUAAAGAUAAUCAACUGAGGGAUAAGAGCAUCGUCAUGGUAGAAGGAUCCCAAAAAAGACCCAUCGAAGUUGACACUGAAAAGACAAAUACAAUGCAAGAUAUAUCGCCUAUUAAGAAAGCAAAAAAGAAAGUUAAAAAUGAGAAUUCCUAG